AUGAAGAUCCUAGUGCUACUCCUGGCAGCAGUGGUGAUAGCUCAGUAUGAAGAAGACACAUAUGGAACCGAUCACGACGAUUUAGACAUAGUAUCCUUAGUGGAAGAUGAGGACCAGUUCAAUAGCUUCGUGGACUGCUUUAUAGACGAGACUCCUUGUGACGACGUUGCUGAAACAUUUAAAAGUGUAAUUCCUGAAGCAGUAUUGGAAGCUUGUGCCAAAUGCACACCAGCACAGAAGCAUAUAGUGAGAGUAUUCAACGAGAGCUUCAAGAAGAAAAUACCUGAAAAGUUUCAGAAGUUCAAGAACAAAUACGAUCCCGAAGGGAAAUAUUUUGACAGUUUUGAUGCUGCAGUUGCCGCGUUUUAGAUAAUGGAAAAUGUUAUUUGUUAAGAGUUAUAAACCCUAUUUUUGGACAUCUCAAGAAAAAAAUAAACUUAGGAUUAACUAGUUGAUAAUGUGCAUUAUUUAACAGUUACUUAAUAACCUUACAUAAGAUAAAUCGUUAUAAUAUUUUCUUUGUGAUGAAAGAUGUUUUAACUUUUAACUUCUGUUAUGGAAAUAAUUAUGAUAAUCUAUGGAAACAUGAUAUGAGUGAUGAUAACAAAUGAUCUAGCGAUGAGUAAAUUUGUAUAAAUUAC